AUGAGGAAAUGUGCCUGGCUGUCGAACUUCUCCUCAGCUCCAGAGGACCUUUAUUCCUCAGUUCCAGAGGACCUUUAUUCCUCAGCUCCAGAGGACCUUUAUUCCUCAGUUCCAGAGGACCUUUAUUCCUCAGUUCCAGAGGACCUUUAUUCCUCAGUUCCACCAGAUUUGGAGCCUUUGAGGGACCUUUAUUCCUCAUCUCCAGAAGGACCUUUUAUUCCUCAGCUUCCGGGAGGAACCUUUAUUCCCUCAGUUCCAGAGGACCUUUUAUUCCCAGUUCCAGUUUCCAAGGACCUUUAUUCCUUUCAGUUUUUCCAUAGGUUCCCUUUAUUCCUAAAACAGUUCCAGAAGGCCCUUUAUUCCGUUCAGGUUCUAGAGAGGUCCUUUAUUCCUCAGUUUCCAGAGGUCUUUAUUCCUCAGUUAGAGGUUCUAUUCAUAGUUCCAGAGGUUCAUUAUUCCUCAGUUCAGAGGCCUUUAUUCCUCAGUUCCCAGAGGUCCUUUAUUCCUCAGUUACAGAGUCCUUUUAAUUCCUCAGCUCCAGAGGUCCUUUAUUCCUCAGUCCAGAGUCCUUUAUUCCUCAAGGUCCAGAGGUCCUAUUAUUCCUCAGUUCCAGAGGUUCCUUUAUUCCUCAGCUUCCAGAGGACCUUUAUUCCUCAGUUCCAGAUGUACCUUUAUUCCUUCAGUUCCAGAGGACAUUUAUUCCUCAGUUCUAGAGGACCUUUAUUCCUCGUUCCAGAGGUCCAUUUUUAUUCCUCAGUUCCAGAGGACCUUUAUUCCUCAGUUCCAGAGGACCUAUUCCUCAGUUCCAGAGAUCCUUUAUUCUCGUUCCAGAGGACUUUCCAGUUCCAGAGGUCCUUUACCUCCAGUUCAAGAGGCCCUUAUUCCUCAGUUCCAGACCUUUAUUCCUCAGUUCCAGAGGUCCUUUAUUCCUCAGUUCCCGAGGUCCUUUAUUCCCCAGUUCCAGAGGACCUUUAUUCUAGUUUCCAGAGUCCUUAUUCCUCAGUUCCGGGUUCCAGCGGUCCUUUAUUCCUCAGUUCCAGAGCGUCCUUUAUUCCUCAGUUGCCAGAGGAGACCCUUUAUUCCCCUUCAGCUCAGAAGGACCUUUAUUCCUCAUGUCCAGAGGACCUUUAUUCCUCAGUUCCAGAGGUCCUUUAUUCCUCAGUUCCAGAGGACCUUUUUAUUCCUCAGUUCCAGAGGUCCUUUAUCCUCAGUUCCAGAGGACCCUUAUUCCUCAUUUCCAAAGGUCCUAUCCAGAGGACCUUUAUUCCUCAGUUCAGAGUUCCUAUUCCUCAGUUUCCAGGAGGACCUUUAUUUCCUCAGUUCCAGAGGUCCUUUAUUCCUCAGUCAGGAGGACCUUUCCUUUCAGGUCCACCUUUCCGAGGACCUUAUUCCUCAUCCAGAGACCUUUAUUUCCUCAGUUCCAGGAGGACCUUUAUCCUCAGUUUACCUCAGAGACUUAUUCCUCCGUUCCAGAGGUUUCAGAAGGACCUUUAUUCCUCAGUUCCGGAGGACCUUUAUUCCUCAGUUCCAGAGGAUUUCCUAUUCCUCAGUUCCAGAGGACCUUUAUUCCUCAGUUUCCAGAGACCUUUUAUUCCUCGUUCCAGAGUUCCAGAGAGUCCUUUAUUCCGUUCCAGAGGACCUUUAUUCCUCAGUUCCAGGAGUUUCCUGACUUUAUUCCUCAGUUUCCAGAGUUUCGACCUUUAUUCCUCUCCAGUUUCCAGAGACCUUUAUCUUCAGUUCCAGAGAUUUAUUCCUCAGUUCCAGAGGCCUUAUUCCUCAGUUCCAGAGGACCUUUAUUCCUCAGUUCCAGAUUUGACCUUUAUUCCUAGUUCCAGAGGGACCUUUAUUCAGUUCCAGAUGACCUUUAUUCCUCAGUCCCAGAGGACCUUUAUCCUCAUUCCAGAGGACCUUAUUCCUCGAGUUCCUGAGACCUUUAUUCCUCAGUUCCAGAGGAUUCCAGAGUUCCUAUUAUUUCCUCAGUUCCAGUUCCAGGACCUUUAUUCCUCAAGAGGCCUUUCCAGAGACCUUUAUUAUUCCUCCAGUUCCAGAGGACCAUUCCUCAGUUCCAGAUGA